CCAUAAAACGUUAUUUUGAUGUGCAAUUCAAAUAAUUUUCGAAUUUUUUAUCCUGUAAACAUCAACAAAAUAAUUGAAAUGUAUAAUAGAGAUCAGUGACGUAGAAAAGAAAGUGGAAUAAAACAUUUAAAAGGAAAGAAACUAAGAUAGCCAUAAAAAAGUCAUUUAUUUUUUUAAUGCUUGAUAUCCUAAUUAAUUUCGUAAAUUUUUUUAUUGUGGGUGUUUUACGAUAAUUCGAUUGAUAAAUAGGGCAAGUAUAAUUGAAUUUAACUACGUCACUGUUAGGUGAUCAGCAAUUGGUAGGAGUUUUGCGUUUUGCCCGGUUUAAGCAUGGCGGCAAGCGUGGAUAAAUAACUAGUUUUGUGAGUUUUAACUGAUGUGUUGUAAUCUUUUGUUAAGAAAAUGUACCAUUUGAAAAAGUAGCCAAUCUCCGAAUGUAAAUUUCGUUUGAAUAAUGUGAAUUGUGUCGUCCGUUCAAAGAGGAACGUCAAACAAAACAAGGGACAUCUCUUGGAUAUUUUAAGUUAUGGCGUCGAAUGAUGAAGGAAGCAACGAUGAUGAAAGUAAAACCUAUUUUGAAAAACAAUCAUGUUAUGAUGCUGUUCCAAACUGUUCUACGUGCAGCAUGCGCUUAUAUCCUUUUUCCAAAUGUGCAUGCAAUGUGACCCCCAGUGACAUUUUAAAUACUACUAACUCCUCUUUAACAGAAGAAGUUUUCGAACCUAUGAAAAAUGGGCACAACUUCAAUGCUAUUAAACAAAGUUUUAUCGACGCUUACAGGGGUACGUAUAAGCCGAAUCCUCUCUUCGCAGACCUUCAUAAGACUCCAGUCGGCUUCAAUCCAAAUAACUUCGUAAACACGGCUAUAGCAAAUCCAAGAGAAACCACGGAAGGUCAAUCCGAUGCAAUAGAUCCAUAUAAUGUUGUCAAAAAUGAAGUUCACCCAAAAGUUAAUGGUGAUAACGUAUGUGCAAGUGUAAGUGACUUGAUGGAAUCAAGUGACAUAGAUGAAAUUUCAUGUACAGAAAGGAUAAUAGACAGUUCCGAGGUGAAAUCAGAACCUGAAGUGCACCUUACUGAUACCUUUAAACCAAAUGACAGAGAAGUCUGCACAAAUUCUGAAUUAGAUACCAACAAUUUAUUACCACUAGAUGAAAUCGAACGAUUCAAUUCCCAGCAAUCUAACUGUUACUCUCCUAAACCUGGCUGUGAUUCCACUACUGGCGCUGUGACAAGUCCAUUUGACAGUCAAAAUGCAAAUGUGACUGUAGGUUGUGGCCUUCAAAAUUCUAUCGAUAAUAUUAAAUCGGAAGAAGUAACUUUCUGUGUUAAAGAGGAGGAAAAACCAAAGAAAGAGUAUCAUUCCCAGGUUGAGAACACUAAUUGUACUAUCAAAGAGGAUAUGCAUUCAGCAAAAGUCGAUACAGAUUCGUUGUAUGUUAAGAUGAAUUCAACACAAAACCACAUACUGUCAUCCACAGAUACUUUGUCUAAAGACUGUUUAUUGAGGAAAUCGCGAACUCGUUCAGUAGAAGACGUCUGUAAACCUACGAAAGGCGUUAAAAGAGCACAUUCAGCCGACACAAACGAUUCCGAUGCUAAAAUAGUUAAGAUUGAUUUCAAACUGUACAAAUCGGAGAAAGCCAUUAGCAGUACCACCUCCGGCUCGGGAUCCACAUCGAGUAAAGGCGGGAAACACAGAGAUGAUAAAAAAUCCAGCAGUAGGCACGAUAAAAGUAAGAGUUCUUCUAAAAAAUCAACACACAGUUCUAGAGACAGGCGCUCAUACCACAGAAGUGAAAUUAGACCCAGGCUUCUUACCAAUGGAAACUACAGUUAUCCUCCUGAAGAUAAAUCGUUGAAAUUUAGGAAGUACUACCACAUAGAACAGCACACGAAUGGAGGCGCUAAAAUACUCAGGAUGUACCAUGAUGAGAUAAAACAUUUGAGCGCCAGUGAUUCCAAGGAAUUGGCCAAAGAAUUUUUCAAAUUGGCGUUUCACGAAGAUAAAGACGGUUUUGCCACGUUCGUUAUAGCCGUCGUUCACGGUUCGGCCACUUAUCUGCCAGACAUUUUGGUUUAUAUGGCCGAAAACUACCCUUCUCUAACCGUCAAAAACGGCUUGCUGAGCAAGAGUUCCGACAUAGAUACCACUACAUUGGCCAAUUACCACGAGAAUGUUUGCAAAUAUUACGAGGCCGGCACGAUAAGAUACGGACCUUUACAUCAAAUCAGUAUUGUGGGAACAGCGCCCGAGGAGGUCGGGGGUUACUUUCCGGAUUUAUUGAGCAUGCUCGAGGAGAAUAAUUUUCUUCAAUUAACUAUGCCUUGGGGACCUUUAUCUAUAUGUGAUCAGAUGAAACCAACAGAAAGCAAUGACGGACCUAUCGUGUGGUGUCGACCUGGCGAACAGCUGGUCCCCACUGCUGACUCAAAAACUCCUAAUAAAAGAAAAAGAACUGGUAUAAAUGAAUUACGAAACCUUCAGUACUUACCUAGGAUAUCGGAAGCUCGAGAGCACCUGUUCGAAGACAGAACAAAAGCUCAUGCUGAUCAUGUGGGUGCGGGAUUGGACAGGAAAACUACCGCUGCAGUGGGAAUAUUAAAAGCAAUUCACGGGGGAAGAAACGAGGCACCUAUAAAUAGAAUAACAAAAGACGUAGUAGCCUUUUCAGCGAAAUAUUUCGACGUACUAUCGGAGAAGCUCCAAUUAGACUUGCACGAGCCGCCUACAUCGCAGUGUGUGACGUGGAUAGAAGAUGCAAAGUUGAAUCAGAUGCGAAGAGAUGGCAUCGAAUACGCCAGAAUAAAUUUGUACGAUAACGAUAUUUACUUUCUUCCGAGGAAUAUUAUCCAUCAGUUCCGUACUGUAACAGCCGUCACUAGUAUAGCUUGGCAUGUUCGAUUAAAGCAGUAUUAUACUACUGAGGAACUAGAAGGAAUUGACAGGACGAUUCCUCAACCCGUUAAGCAAGUGGAACCAGCGAAACCCGAAAAAACGCGAGUGAAGACGUCGAAUCCUCACGACGACGAUAAACCCUCGUUAAAGAUGAAAUUCAAAUUGGACUUUAACAAGUACGUUGGAUUGGAGAAAGCCAAGUCGUGCGAUGAAAAAGAAAAAGAUAAGAAGCAUCGUCACAAAGACGAUAAAGAUCGGGAGAGAGAGAAAUCGAGGCAUAGAGAUAAACACAAGGAUAAACAUAGGGACAAACAUAGAGAUAAAGAUAAAUACAAAGACAAGCAUUACGAUAAAGAAAAAGAUAAAGACAGGAAACAUCACAAUUCGCAUAGACACGAUAGAGAUCAUAAAUACAGCAAUGAAAAGAAGCACAAUUCUCACCACAACACACACAAAGAUCGAGAAUCUAAAGUAGACGUAAACGCUAAAAGUGAAACGAACCAAACUGAACAAAUUCCGAAUUUGUCAUCGAUGGAUUCGAAUCAGAAUGUUAGUCAAAGUUACGCGGAGACUCCAUCGAAGUGUUUACCAUCCGAAUCAGUGAGUUCGACGCCUCUUAAAUCGACAGACAAUCCGAUUAAAUUAACGGAAACUCCGGUUAAAUCGAUCGACACGCCCGCAAAGUUGAUUGAGAGCCCUGUUAAGAAACAUAGGGACAAAUCGACGAAACUUAAAAUCCAAAAACCUCAAUCAACUGACGUUCUUGGAGAUAUCCUUAAAGAUAUGAAUAAAUGUGAUUUAAAUAUAUAAUAUUAAGCAACAGGUCGGGUAAAAAGUGAAUUUUAGAAAAUGUCUGAACGUCACUUUUUAUUCGAGCUGUAUAAAUUCGUAGAUAUAGCUUUUUUUGUUCUUACAGGGUUUUUAAAAUGAUAGUACAGCAAAACAGAUAUAUAAUUUGUUCUAUUAACAAUGUGGUCAUUUAGAGGCUACAGUGUACCGAUUGGAGUAAAGGAUUGUUUAUUAGCGUAUUUUACAAUAAUGGUAUUAAAAUCUAAAUUGUAAUAAUUUUCCGAUUAAAUUUGGCACAUCUUUUUAUAGUCUGAUAGGUAUAUUUCAUGCAAUUUUACAAAAAUUUACUCUCAUUAUUUAAUUCAUUAUAUUUUAACAAUAAUUAAUCGUACUAUUCGCACUUAUUUAUGUAGAAAAAAGCAGAUAUAUUAUGUAGAUAAUAUAAGUUAUUUUUUUGAUCUAAAAUUUUAUGUAAAUAUCAACGAGCUCAUUUCACAUGUAAGCAUACACCAAUGCAGAUGUCCUGCUCAUAAGUUGUCCUGGAGACUGUUUGCCUCAAAUCUGAAAAGCACGUUUUUCCUCAACAGAUGCAGAGAGAACUUUCAAUUUGCACAGAAACAAAUUUGAAAAUUUAAACUGUUAAAGGAUAAAUUCGAAUUGUAUUUUUCAAUUUUGUCAAGUUCAUUAAUUUGCCAAUUUCGUUUAUGUAAAUUUUCUGCAUUAGAUUGAUUAGAGAUAUCAAAAUUACCAUCCAUCACAUUUUUACAGGAACCUUUAAAAUCAGUUGGAUUGCAAAAUGUUUUAAUAGUGUUUGAAAGCAAAUGGGGAUCAACAAAUGUGAUUUUCUAAAUCAAAAAAGAAAUUACAAAAAAAUCAUUGCAUUGAUUAUGAAUUCUGAAUUUUCAGUUGCAGUUGAUUUGAAGUUUUAAAGGAUUUUGUAGAAAAGAAUGUAAAACGCUUUUCUUGUUUAUAUUAUAAGGAAAAUAAAAUUAUUUGUAAAUAUGUACAGGUGGAGUAUGUACAGUUUUUAUAUAGUAAAAAAACUCUAUGCAAUGUUGUAUAUAAAUUAAGUAAACUAUAUACUGUUAGAACGUAUUAAGGAUAUUUUUCAUAUCACAGCUAAAUUGAAUAGUUGUUUCCUCUUUUUAAAACAUAUUUCCUUCUAUUUCCAAAAAAUCUCAAAUAUUUUAAAAGGAUAAAAUAAGACGGCCAUAGCAACAAGAGUUAUUUUUUUCAGUAUUAAAAACGAAUCUAAUUAAACUUAUUUUGGUCGAACUACAGGCACUAAAAAAUAAUUCUUGACUUUCACCACAACGAUUUAUUUUAAAUAGCUUCCAAUCCCCAAAUUCAAUGUUCAACCAAAGACAUUUUAAUGUCCCAAUUAAAAUAAUUCAAUUUUGUAUGUACCUGAGUAUUUUUGUUUUUUAAUAACGAUGGUAGUUAUUGUUUGGUUUAACAUAAAAUCAAAUUGCUGACAAUAAUUAAUUUUUUUUCGGAAUUAUGAUCAAAUGACCUGAUUUGAAUACGCAGCAAACAAGAAUUACCAUAGUGGCUACUUAAAUAUGAACAAAAUAUGCGAGUUUAGUACAAAAAUAACACAAUUUAAAUUUUUGCCAUAUAACUUUUUAUUUUAAAGUUCACCCACAUAUUUGAUGUAGGUAUUUAUAAAUUUUCAAUAAGUUGUUGGGUUUUUCACAUGUCUAAUAUCUCUAUGGUA